ACGGGAGAGAGAGAGAGAGAGAGAGAGAGAGGGGAAGAGGGAGUUAUAAUGCCAGUUGCUCGGCCGGAGCCGCAAGAACCGCGCGUGAUCGCGCACGUCGACAUGGACUGUUUCUACGUCCAAGUGGAGCAGCGAAAAAAUCCUGAAUUAAGGGGUUUACCAACUGCUGUGGUACAAUACAAUAACUGGAAAGGUGGUGGCUUGAUUGCCGUUAGUUAUGAAGCUCGGAAAUUCGGCGUGAAGCGAUCUAUGCGAGGAGAUGAGGCUAAAAAGGUCUGCCCAGAUAUCCAGUUAGUUCAGGUUCCAGUUGCCCGUGGUAAAGCUGAUUUAAAUUCAUAUCGAAGCGCCGGAUCCGAGGUGGUUGCAAUCUUAUCUACAAAAGGAAGAUGUGAGCGUGCGUCUAUUGAUGAAGUCUAUCUUGACCUUACGGAUGCAGCUAAGUCUAUGCUCUCAGAAACUCCUCCCGAGGUGUUGGAAUCGAUUCCUGAAGAGGCUCUGAAGUCAAAAGUCUUGGGCCUCAAUAGUGAAGAUGACGAUAGGGAGAAGAACGUGAGAGAGUGGCUCUUUCGGCGCCAUGCGGACUAUCAGGAUAAGUUAUUGGCCUGUGGAGCUAUUAUUGUAGCACGACUACGUGUCAAAGUUUUGGAAGAGACCAAAUUCACAUGCUCUGCUGGCAUUGCCCACAAUAAGAUGUUAGCUAAACUUGCAAGUGCAAUGCAUAAACCUGCUCAACAAACAGUCGUUCCAUCCUCAUCAGUAAUGGAUCUCUUGUCUUCUUUGCCAGUCAAAAAAAUGAUAAUCAGGAAACAACUUGGAGGGAAACUUGGCUGUUCCCUGCAGAUUGAUCUUGGCGUUAACACAAUUGGUGACUUGCUGAACUUCAGUGAAGCUAAAUUACAAGAGUGUUAUGGCAUAAAUACCGGCACAUGGUUAUGGAAGAUUGCUAGAGGGACUAGUGGAGAAGAAGUUGAGGACCGUCUUCUACCCAAGAGCCAUGGUUGUGGAAAGACAUUUCCAGGUCCAAAAGCAUUGAAGACAACAGCUUCUGUUAGGAGCUGGCUUAAUCAAUUGUGUGAAGAGUUGAGUGAACGUAUCCAGUUUGACUUGGAUCAGAAUAAGCGGGUCGCUCACACACUAACCCUUCAUACUAAUGCAUAUAAGGAAAAUGGUGUAGACUCGCAGAGAAAAUUUCCUUCAAAGUCUUGCCCAUUGCGAUAUGGGACUGCAAAAAUCCAAGAUGAUGCAAUGAAGCUAUUCGAUUCGGCCCUUCAUGAUUUUUUAAGUUCACAAAAUAUUCGAUGGGGCAUUACAUCUCUGUCCAUCUCAGCAAGUAAAAUAUCAGAAAUACCAAGUGGCACUUGCUCGAUUUUAAAAUUUUUUCGCGGAGAAAACUCAUCUUCCAUGUCAUCGGACAAUUCUGAUGUGCUCAUUCCAGAAAGCAUUUCGAAGUCUCCUAAAAAUGAAAAUGAAGGAUGCAUGGCAGCUACUCAAAGUGAUAAUGUAGAUCAACCUGCUUGUCAGGAGAAAGAGAAUGAAAAUCAUAGCAAUCAAACUGUCCAAGAUAAAGCUAAUCCGGCUCAAGGGAUUGGUGCAUCACAGAAGAAACUGAAAGAAAAGGAACCUUAUUCUAUUUUGAAGUUCUUUCCUGGCAGUGAAUCUUCCUCAACCCGAAAAAGAGCGUUUGGUGAUCUCAAUCAAGAUCAUUUAGAAAGGAAUCAAACAGAACAGCAAGAAGGCCCUUCUGAGGGUUGCGACGAUGCUACCGCUCGUAGCAAUCAAACUGCACAACAACAUGAAAUUUGGAAUUUCAAUGUAGAAGAUGUCGAUCCAUCUGUUAUUGAUGAGCUGCCUUUGGAGAUCCAAAGAGAAGUUCGCGGCUGGCUUCAUUCUGCUACAAAGCGUACAAACAUGACCAAGCGAGGUUCUAGUAUUGCCCAUUACUUCUCGCCAGUGAAAAAGACAUAACAAGGUGUUGGAUUCAACUGCGCAAAAGGAUGUUGCUGUUGUUCCAGCAUUGAAGCAUACAUAUGUCUCUUCUCUCCUCUUAAGAGGGUUCCCAUUCAUAUUUGAAUUCACAUGUUCUGCAUCGCAAUCGCAAUUACAACGGCUUUGCGGCUCAUUGGACCAACUGAAUAGAGAAGCUGUAGCCUUGGGUAAACAAGGGAUGUAAGUAACGCAUAAAAUCAGGUUGUUGGCAAAAGUAGAUGCGUAGAAUCUCAGACGUUGGAUUGGAUUCUAUCGUUAAUGCAGUUAUGUAAAGUCAUUUCAUUAUGUAUUUUUAAUUUGGUACGUAAGUGAACUUAUGUAUAUAUAAACUAAAGUUUGUAUCACUUUUAUCAGAUUAGACAAUAGUGAAGUGGCCAAAAAUAUGAAUCUGAGCACCCGUA